AUGAACAGUGUUUAUGAAAACGUCCCCAGAUAUCGUGAUGUGGCGAUCCUGAGCCUUCGGAAUGGCAGCAUCAUUGUGGACCACGAAGUCAUCAUUGAAGCUAUGAUAAACAAUAACGUGAACAACAUUGAAGCAGUUGUCCAGAACUUGACAGAGACAGUGCGGGAGCAACUGGUUAUCAUGAAUUCCACCAUGAACAACUGUACAGACAACUCAACAAUUUGCUUUUCAGCUCCAACUAACCCUAUUCUGAACACAACCACACAUUUUUCAGCUGAAGAAUUUUGCAGAAAAAUAAUUAAUCCUAAAUAUGUAGAUUACUAUUACCCCAAUACGACAACAGGCACCCUGCGCUGUAUCUCCAACUGCACCAAGGACACCUUAAGCUCCAUAAACUGCAACCAUGGAGUGUGUCGCAUCUCUGAAAGAGGUCCCCAGUGCAACUGCGAUGAUAUAGAGACAUUUUGGUACGUGGACAAUCACUGCCAGACACGCUUCCAGAAGGGCUAUGUUGGCUUUGGUCUUGCGCUGGCUGUCCUCUUGGUGGCCAGUGCCAUCCUGGCCAUCUUCCUCAUCAGGGCCAAACGGAGGAAGUCUGGAGCUAGCUGGUCUGAUGAUGCUGAGCUCUGGUAUGGGGAGGAUGAGGAAGAGUGGCAUCCCUCAAAGGGUCUGAGCUUCAGGAAUGAAGGAACAACCUCCAGGGACGGAAGCCAAGACAGAAGCAAGACUUUCCAGCUUUCCCUUGACUCAGUUGACACCUCAUUACAGUUGCAAUUCCAGAAACCAACUGUGACUACAGUUGAUCCCAGUCCGGAAACCAUCCUGAAAACGUCCUCCUGA